UAGGGUUCCAACCAUCCAAGGUGCAGGAUUUCGCAACCAUCCACAACAAAAAAAAACAACGGCGAACGCCACGUUUCGGCAGAGGUGGCGAUGGCGGUGCCGCCAGCCUGGCGUUGAAGUACCCGGAGGUUGAAGUGCUGCAGGUGGAAAUCGAUGAGAUGGUCAUUGAAACGUCUCAGCGCUUUUUCCAGAACUUUUCCUCUGCUUUUGGGCACCCUCGUCACAAGCUGAUAGUGGCUGAUGCAGUACGUUGGGUGGAGCAAAAUUGGCGAGAAAUGCAACAGACCUUUGACCUUUGCAUUAUCGACUCCACUGAUGAGCCCUUGGCCAGCGUAUGGAGCGGCAAGUUUUACAAGCACUUAAAAUCAAUGCUUAAAGCCCAUGGCGCCGUGGUACAGAAUGUUGGCAACCAGUUGGACACUCUGGCGGAGUUCCGUGCCUGGCACCUGCCGCUGUUCCGGCAGCGUCGUUUGAUCAACUGCCUGACGCCGGACUAUGAGUCCCCAUACUUCCUGGCGUUUCUGGCAGAUGUGGAGAUCAAUCCGGUGAACUGGACAUGGUGGACUUCCUUGAACAUCUCCACCAUCUACUACCACCCCGGUCUACAUGACGCGUUGCUGGCCAUUCCGAAGGAAACCAUCGAUUCUUACGUGGAUGGCAAAGAGUGGGUGCCCCAUGAUGCCGUGUAUUCCAAGCAGCACUUUGGCGCAGCUGUGAGCCAGUCAAGAUCACCAAGAUCAGGUGAACUUUGAUUUCUUGGACAAGCAGUAUGGAUAUCGUCAUCCCGCCCGAGUCGGUAUCUCGAAUCUCCCGCGGCAGCGCGGAUGACCCGCAGAUUGUGGACAUGGCACACUUCCUGCAGAUUGUGGACACGACGAACGCGCUACAGGGAUGAGACAUUGGAAUUGCUUGGAUGAG